AUGCUCAAGCGACAUUUCGAGUGGGCGAAUCCCAUCCACAGCAGCUUCUAUUACUGCACAGCUGUGGAUGUCAACGGAGCCGGUUGCACAUACGCAAACGACUCCGAAAAGGCGGUCCAGGACCACAUUCGCGAGCGCCACCCCGGGUCCGGAGCAACACCACGACGAUUCGGAAUGUCACCAUUCCACGGCGGUAUGGCGACAAUCGGGCCGUCGUGCUCGAUAACGGCCGCCGUCGCCGCUGUCUGCACGAUGCCGGGAAUCCCGGACAUCGAUGCAACUCUCCUCCGAGCCUUCCGCGGAUCCACGGCCGACACCGCGCGGGAGGUGAUCGGAGCACUCGGCCUCCAGCUUCCCACCUCACCGGGAUGGGCCCUGGAGAAACUCACGGCACAGGACGACGCCAUCAGACGCGCCUUCGCCGCCACGGCGCGCCAAGACAUCUACUGUUCCUGGUGCGGUGAAACGGAAGAGGGACAGCCAGAACCACAGAUAGCAACUGUGACCUACGAGGCGCCGGCCGGCGGCCUCCCAGGCACCACGGCGACCGCUAUCAGCGAGGCAUUCGGCCACGUAUCGGCCAACUUGCCUCACCACUGCCCGGCUUGCCGCACCGAAGGCGCCACUCUAUCUGCACUGUCGGUUUUUCUCUUCGGAGAAGCCGUGGCAAUCACAGUCAUACCGCCAGCUGGAAACCAGAAAGCGGUAGGUCUGCCGGAAUUGCCGCUGGAGGUGAUGCUCCCGACGGCGCUCUUCAGCCAGAACCCCUAUAAACUCCACGCCGCGAUCUGCGCCACGACGCCGAAGCACGUGGUCGCAUACGUCCUGUGCCUGGAAGAUGGGAAGGAGCAAUGGCACCGCUACGACGGCACCGUUCACGACACAGACGUGCCGCCGCCAGACCCAGCCACCAUCGACACCCUGAUCUUCACACGCGCUCCCUACAAGCCGGCCGGCGAGGGAGACGACGAGGAGGACACAGGCACCCACCCAGUCAGGCCAACGCGGCCAACAGCACCGCCACCGCCACCGUCACGCGACCCGUGGGGCCGCACAACCUACGGCAUGCACCCGGACAUCGCGGAGCAAGAGGAGGAAGACACCGGGAUCGCACCCAGGCCGGCCGAGCCACGGACGGAGACACACACCACCCAGCCAGCCACCCGACACCGAAAGGGAGGGAGAGGAGAGCGACACGACCGAGAGCGUGCACACGGAGCCCGACCAGGCCGCCGAGGACGUGUCACAAACCUCCGACGAGGCACGGCACCGAUUUCGCCACGGCGAGAACACGGCAGCACAGCAGACCGGGACGA